CGGCAAGGACAGCCACGGGCAGGUCCGCCUGCGCGGGGCCCAGCCCGGAGCUGGGCGGAAGCGGGGUCGCCAGCUAACGCUUCCUGGCGGGACUGCAAGCGAGCACGCGUGAGACCGUUGCCCGCCGUGACCCUCGGACUCCGGGCGGAGACGACGCACCCGGAGCCGCCGCGUCCCGCGUCUCCUCGGUGUCCCUGCUCCAGCGUCCUCGGCUCCCCCGGGCCUCCGGCGCGGCGGAACUACUGUGUCGGGGGGUCGGGGUUUUCAGGAAGAACUCGUGGUCGGAUUGACAAGUGGGCGGGCAGCUAGGCGGGACUUCCGGCCUGCUGCUCAGUCAGCUGUCUUUCCCGGGCGUCUCCCCGCAACCUCUUCAACUUCCCUCGGCGGGUGACGCGGCGCCCGGCAGAAAAGCGACGGGACGAGGGCGGCCGGGGAGUGUGAGCUGCUGCUGUUAAAAGAAAAUGGAUGUGCAGAGUUCAGCCAAAAUCAAUGCAAGGAAGAGGAGGAAAGAGGCGCUUGGACCCAACGGGGCGACAGAGGAAGAUGGAAUUCCUUCCAAAGUGCAGCGCUGUGCAGUGGGUUUACGGCAGCCAGCUCCUUUUUCUGAUGAAAUUGAAGUUGACUUAAGUAAACCGUAUGUCAGGGUAACUAUGGAAGAAGCCAGCAAAGGAACUCCUUGUGAACGGCCUGUGAGAGUUUAUGCAGAUGGAAUAUUUGACUUAUUUCACUCUGGUCACGCCCGGGCUCUGAUGCAAGCAAAGAACCUUUUCCCUAAUACAUACCUCAUUGUGGGAGUCUGCAGUGACGAGCUGACGCACAACUUCAAAGGCUUUACGGUGAUGAAUGAAAACGAGCGCUACGACGCAGUGCAGCACUGCCGCUAUGUGGAUGAGGUGGUCAGAAACGCCCCCUGGACCCUGACUCCCGAGUUCCUGGCAGAACACAGGAUUGAUUUUGUAGCACAUGAUGAUAUCCCUUAUUCUUCUGCUGGGAGUGAUGAUGUGUAUAAGCACAUCAAGGAAGCAGGCAUGUUUGCUCCAACGCAGAGGACCGAAGGCAUCUCCACAUCAGACAUCAUUACCCGGAUUGUCCGUGACUAUGAUGUGUACGCAAGACGAAACCUGCAGAGAGGCUACACAGCCAAGGAGCUCAACGUCAGCUUUAUCAACGAGAAAAAGUACCACUUGCAAGAGCGCGUUGAUAAAGUAAAGAAGAAGGUGAAAGACGUGGAAGAAAAGUCAAAAGAAUUUGUUCAGAAGGUGGAGGAGAAAAGCAUUGACCUCAUUCAAAAAUGGGAAGAGAAGUCCCGAGAAUUCAUUGGAAGCUUCCUGGAAAUGUUUGGUCCAGAAGGAGCCCUGAAACAUAUGCUGAAAGAAGGGAAGGGCCGGAUGCUGCAGGCUAUCAGUCCCCGGCAGAGCCCCAGCAGCAGCCCAACCCGGGAACGCUCCCCCUCGCCCUCUUUCCGAUGGCCCUUCUCUGGGAAGACUUCUCCGACUUCCUCGCCGGCAAAUCUCUCCAGGCACAAGGCUGCAGCCUAUGAUAUCAGUGAGGAUGAAGAAGACUAAGUUUUUAUUCCUGCUUACCUCUCCUCUCCUCUCUGUCCCAUCACCUUCAGAGGCUCUCUGUUCAAUCCCACAUUGUGAUACCAACACUAAACCUAAGGACAGCUGCAAAGAAAAGACAGUUGGGGCAGAAAGAGGACCUGGGAAUGGGGGAAGCAAAGCAGCCUAUCUUCCAGGAGGCAUCUGUCACCCACCCCAAGAAGGAGGUUGGCUGUACCUUAGAAGCCUCUUCUACAUCCAUAUACCCUCCCUAAGGACUUUGCUUUACUGUUUAUGUUCAUGUGAUCUUGACAGGGAAAUUGUCAUUUUUAUUAAUUUUUUUAAAAAGAUUAGUCUUUCAAAUAUAAUAAGUAGAACUAAUUUUUUGCCCCUGAGGAGUGGGCAGAAGAAGAAAGUGGUAUACUACCCAGAGGCCUUUUCUUCCUGACACACUGUAGAAUUUGCCCUUUGAAGCAAAGCGGCUCGCGCUAAGCCUUUCAGACCAUGAGCCAUGCUAAUGGUGGGUGAUUUGGGGGGAAAUACCUUAUUUUUGGUUUCCUUUUAAAAAAAAGAAGAGAAACAACUGAAAACUGAGCUACAGUCUCAUAUCACCCAAACAUGCACUGGCACAGGUCCCAGCGUGGCUAUAGGAAGGAGAUCAGAGCCGAAUUCUCUUACUCCCUGAGGAGUUUCUUGUUGGACCCAAUGGGGUCCAUGAAGACACUGAUGGGGAUGGAACCAGACCACACGGCAUCAUCAGCUGCUCUCUGCUGUGUUCAUCUUCUCAGAACAUUCUGUUGCCCAAUUAUUUGGGAGCUCUUUCCUGCAAUCUACCUUUAAAGAAAGGAACACUUUGAGGGUCUACUGUGAUUGAGGAAAGGAGGGGACAGUGCUCAAGCCCAUAUCAAGUCAGUUUAGAUUCAUUUCCUCCUGGAAGGAAGUCCCUGGCCCUGCUGCUCCUAUUUUAUUGGUGUUGUCAGCUCUUUACAGAGAGUAUACUUUACAGUUUGGACUUGAUCUGUUCAUUUGUGUUGCUCAUGGCCAUAUUAAGUAUUUAGAGAGAUUUGCACACAACAAGAGGCUAACGCAUAAAGAAGCAUAAAGAUGCUUCUUUCUUUCAACAGCUUUAUGUUGACCUUGACCCUCUUAAGAAGGUUCUUUAAGUAGAACCAUAAACCUUGGAGUGUUUCUUUACAAGCUGUAACUGUCAAGGACUUCUGCCCAGCUCUCCUCCCGCAAGCCACAAAGCAUGGGCUCACGUUACAGGAGAAUAGCAGGCAGGCAGACACUCUCCCUCCUUCCCAGUUGUGCCUGUUGGUUAUAGCCCCACCUCCCUUGUUAGGUUGCCCAAGAGGAUUUAGCACUUGAAUUGCAAAUCGAAGAGUACUGAUACUUAGCAUUUGCUGUCCAGCAUCAUAUCUCGUCAGUUACAUGACUAGUAUACUACCAUCUGUCAGUAAUCCUGUAACUGGAUUAAGGGGACAGUGGUUUAGAUCCAGGUCUCACCCCUUUUCAUUCAUAAACAUCCCUUAUCAGUGGGGAGUUUUGGUGUUUUCAGCAAAGAAAAUUGCAUUUUUCUUGCUCCUGUGCUAGAGCUGUGACCAUCUCAUCUCAUGGUCCCUUCUGAACCCUAGGAAAAGCUGCUCUUCUAUCUGAGCCCCAGCAGCUGCCAUUCUGCCUGCCAGCACUCCAGGGUAACCUCAGCUUCUCCCUCAUUGCAGCUCAGCUCCUUGUUGCCAGGGAAGCCGAAGAGAGGAACCAAGGAGGGGACGGGAACCUCUUGUCCCUAUGGCCCAUGAAAAUGACAUUUCUAACCCUGCUCAUGCAGUGCUGUUUUCAUUGCCAAAUUUGGAAUCCUUUCUUUGAAACAGUUGUGAUUGAUAUUUCCCACAUGGUGCAGCUUCAUCUGGUCUUAGAUUUAGGUUUUCAGCUUCCAUCUUCCCUACCUGUUUCUAUCUAAUUUAUUCUCUGCAGUCUAGAAAGGUAGCCAGGUUGUCACUGAGCCUAUCCUGCUGUUUUCCCAGAGAGGACACAUUGCUCAGGUGUGUUUGGCUGGGAAGGGAGAUGCCUCUCAAAUGUAUUGCCUGGAUCCUAGAGCUUUGCGCCCUUCCUCUCAACUCCCAGCAGGCCACGCUUGGUCUGCUCUCCACUUGGACUGGCACCUCUGUGCUGACCAGGUCUGAGAGAUUGCUGGGAUUAGGGUCAGCUGAUGCUCAUGGUCUUGGAAGGCUCCUUCGCCCAUUCUGGUAAGCCCUUACUGCCUCAGUCUACCAACACUGGUGUAUUUUCAAAUAAUUUUGACUGAAAACAAAAAUCUUUUAUAAUGUGAUGUGUUCAAUCCUUUAGAGGUAAAUGUGAUCCUAAGAGUUGGACAAGGGUGGGCAGGUGGAGAAAGUCAUUGGACUGAUGCGCUAUUUGAUCAUUUGUGCCUAAUUAAAUGAAGUUUGAAGUCUAUGCACCAUGA